AUGGCCAUGUCCCUGUGUCCCUGUGUCCCCGUGUGCCUCACUGACUGUCCCCUGUCCCCGUGUCCCCAGCUCGGUUGCCAGCACUCUGGCAGUGUGGCCGUGGCCACCAACGGCACGUGGGGCGUGGCGCGGGGCGGGGCGUGCGCGGAGCAGCCGCGCUAUUACGGCGUGCUGGCCCUGCUGGCCCUGGUGGCCACCGUGAUGCUGGUCCAGGUCAGCCACAUGGUCAAGCUGACCCUGAUGCUGCUGGUCACCGUGGCCACCGGCGCCGUCACCUUCACCGCCUGGGAGCCCCUCCUGGACCAGUACGACCGGCGGCGUGGCCAGCACGGCCAGUCGGUGCUGGUGCCCUCCAAGUACUCCAUGACGGCCAUGACCGUCACGGUGAUGCUCAGCUUCUACUACUUCUCACGGCACGUGGAGAAACUGGCGCGGACGCAGUUCCUGUGGAAGAUGGAGGUGCACGAGCAGAAGGAGCGCGUGUCCGAGAUGCGGCGCUGGAACGAGGCCCUGGUGGCCAACAUGCUCCCGGAGCACGUGGCGCGVCACUUCCUGGGCUCCAAGAAACGCGACGAGGAGCUCUACAGUCAGGUGUAUGAUGAGAUCGGGAUCAUCUCCAGGGCACAUUCCCAGUUCCGCAGGAAUGCCCCCAGACAUUCCCGCCUUGAUCCUCUCCUGGACGAGCCGCGGUUCCGCUGCAUCACCAAGAUCAAAACCAUCGGCAGCACGUACAUGGCGGCCUCGGGGGUGACACCAGACACCGACACCUUUGGCGCCAAGGUGGUGGAGGAGACUCAGCAGAUCCUGAAGGAUUUCGGGUUCCGUUUCGUUCGCCGCGGCGCCGUUUUCGUCAAGGGCAAAGGGGAGCUGCUCACCUUCUUCCUGAAGGGCCGCGAGAAACCCGGCCCCGCCGUGCCCCUGCCCCACCAGGUGCUGGAGAAUUCCUGA